AGUGGGAAGUGAACCAGAGAGAAGUGCAAAGGAGAUUCAGGAAACAUCUUUCAAGUCUUGAGGGACAUCAGGCAUGUCCACUUCUGAUCUGGGCUUCGGGUCCUUGAAGGGACUGAGGGCUCGUUAUCUCCGAGGAUGGGAGGCAGGACCCCGUGUCUGCUUCCGGCUCUGUUCCUUCUCCUCAUCCCAGGCUCAUCUGCCAUCUCGGGUCCCAGAGCAGUGAGAGGUGUGGAGCAGGCAUCACUGACCGUGCGGUGUCGAUACGACCCUGGGUAUGAGUCCUACCCGAAGUGGUGGUGCCGGGGGGCCGCCUGGGGCAGCUGUCAGCUUGCCGUUAAAACCACUGGAUCAGAGAAGGAGGUGAAGAAGGGCCGCGUGUCCAUCAGGGACAACUGGAAAGACCGCUCAUUCACCGUGACCAUGGAGAAGCUCAGGCUAGAUGAUUCAGACACUUACUGGUGUGGGAUUGAGAGAGUUGGAAUUGACCUGGGGAACCGAGUAGAAGUGACCAUUGACCCAGCUGCAGAGUCGAUCUCCACGUCUGCCUCCUCCAAUGCCAACAUGUUCACGGCACCUGUUGCCCCAGAAGGGCACCCGCCCCUGCUGGGCAGCAUCCACUUCCUGCUCCUGGUCUUCCUGAAGGUGCCCCUGCUCCUAGGCCUGCUGGGUGCCGUCCUCUGGGUCAACAGGCCUUUGAGGAGCUCUGGGGGGAAGCCCCAGGAAAACCAGCAGCCCCCAUGCUCUUCAACAUUGUCCAGAGAGAAAGACCCUCAAAGAGAAGAGAAAGGCAUUUUUUCGGGCAAUGUCGGUGGUCAGCAGUGACUGUGGCUCUCGAGGCAGCGUGGCUCCCCUGCCUCAAGAAUCAGUCCCCUAGCCCCUGGAAACCUGCUGCUGUGAUGCUCGGGCCUGGGUCCAGUUUCGCCCUUCCCUGCACAGCCUCUGACCUUCUUCGUCCUGAAGCCUCCAACACAGGAGAAACUACAGGAAGGAAUGGAAGAGCAAAUGCCUUUCUUCUGGGCCCUGUUCCUUGGAGGACAUACAUGAUCUCAAGUCUGUGCCGCACACAAUGAAUUACAUUUGUCUUUGCAUUGUAUGCGGGGCAGGGCUUCAGCCAAUCGGGGCUUUAGAUUCUCUGUGUGUGUGCUGGAUCGUGUCCGACUCUUUGUGACCCCAUGGACUCUAGCCCACGAGGCUCCUGUGUCCAUGGGAUUCUCCAGACAAGAAUACUGCAGUGGGUUGCCAUUUCCUCCUCCAGGGGAUCUUCCCGACCCAGGUGUUGAUCCCGUGCCUCCUGCAUCUCAUGUAUUUGCAGGUGGACCACUGAGCCACCUGGGAAAUUCUAGAUCCCAGGAGGGGGUCUAGUAGAAAGUAGAAAAAUUUGCAAAAUGAUGAUAAUAUGCCAACUGCAUGUGAAGAUAUGAAGCUGUAAGUGGACAGAGGGACUUUGCUGGUCCAGUGGGUAAGAAUCUGCCUUGCAAUGCUGGGGCUGUGGGUUCGAUCCCUGGUUGGGGAACCAAGACCGUGCAGUGCAAUGAAAGAUUCUGCAUGACUCAAGGAACAUCCCGGGGGUGAUGCAGCCAAAGAAAGAAAGUAUUUUCUUAAAAAGUGGCAGAAGACUCUGGCGUCCCUGCCCUGAUGUAUUUUGUGUUUGUGUGAAAUGAGAUUCUAGUCCCAGUGCCAUCCCUCACCACACCUGAAGAUGAGAGCGACCUCACAGUCUCUUCUUUAUUUAUUAACAAAUAAAAUUGCAGGACACUUGGGGCUUCCCUGGUGGCUAAGAGUCCACCUCCCAAUGUAGGGGAUGUGGGUUCAAUCCCUGAUUGGGGAGCUAAGAGCACACAUGCCUUGUGGCCAAGAAAUAUAACAAACAGACACAAUAUUUUAAACCAAUAAAACUUUAAAGUGGUCUAUGUUAAAAAAAAAGAAUCUUGGAAAAAGCUCCACAGGACACUCAGUUAUA